AGAAGAGCAUUUGACUUCAUUUUCUUAGAGAGAGAAAGCGAGAAAGAAAUAAAAGGAAAAGAGAAUGGAGGAGAAAAUUCAAUCCAAUCGAAUACAAUUUUGACGUCCGCAAGGACGCACACUCUCUCUACCUUUCUCUCUCUAAACAUUCUCUCUCUCUGUCUCUCUCUGGAUACAGCAGAGAACAGGGCACACAGCUCAUAUAGUGAGGGAGAAAACAACAGCCAAAAUAAAAAAAAGGCGAACUUAAAAAAGAAGCUGGAUUUUUGGCGAACUCAGCAAACAAAAACCCUAGAGUAAGAGAACCUUCGGACCUAAACAAGCUCCUUCUUCUUCUCUAUUCCACAAAGAGAAUUUUUCGUUUUUUUUUUUUGUUGAUUAUAGAGAAUUUUCGGGAUUGUGGUAUAUGCUUUUGAUUAGAGAAAUCUUUCUUGUAUACUGUUGUCCCUCUCACUACCGUUAAUUUAUGCUGCGGAGAUUCAUGCGACGACCAUUAAGAGAUUGCUGGGUGUGUGAAGAUAGAGCGAUUCUAUAAUGUUCAGAAUCAAGACUUGUUCCUAUGCUUUUGUUUACUUUGGUCUGUGGCUUGUGCUUGCUAAAACGCAACACCAUCUGCUCAGGCACAGAACCUACUCAUUCCGUUUGGUCCACAAUAAGGACUUUGAAGUCAGCAGCCUUAGAUGUGGACUUGAAAUGCUAAGUAGGUGCAGCCUUAUGUGUCCUUUAUUCCGUUUGGUUAUGUAAUUCUAGGCUUAUUCUAUUCAUGUUGUUUUAGAUAGUUGUAAUACUUUGAAGAGUGUUUGUAGACUGUCAUUCUUGAUAAAAUGGUACCCUCGGGGCCGCCUACACCAAUUGGUGGUGCCCAGUCUGUUUCUCCUUCGCUUUUGAGAUCAAAUUCAGGAAUGCUGGGAGCUCAAGGAGGUCCUCUGCCUUCUCAAACUGCAUUCCCUUCAUUCGUUUCCCCACGUACUCAGUUUAAUAACAUGAAUAUUCUUGGAAAUGUGCCCAAUGUGUCCUCCUUCCUUAAUCAGUCUUUUGGAAAUGGAGUUCCAAAUCCUGGGCUUUCUGGUCCUGGGAGCAGCCAGCGUGGCGUUAUUGAUGGUGGGGCUGAAACAGAUCCACUUUCAAGCGUUGGCAGUGGAAUGGGUUUCAAUGCUCCAUCAUCAUUUGUACCGUCAAAUAUGUUGAGUCCUGGUCCAUCUGGUCAAGUUCAGGGACAGCAAUUUUCAAACACCUCUGGCAACCAGUUGUUACCAGAUCAACAGCAAUCCCAACAACUUGAAGCUCAAAGUUUCCAGCAUGGUCAGCAACCAAUGCAACAGUGCUCUGCCUCACAUAAUACCCAGCUGGUGCAGCAGCAACACCAAUUUCAGCCAAUUCGUGGUGGAAUAGGGGGCGUUGGGCCUGUCAAGUUGGAGCCUCAGGUGACAAAUGAUCAACAUGGAGCACAGCAGCAGCAGCCACAGCAACUGCAGCCAGUGAGAAAUCUUGGUCCAGUCAAAAUGGAACCGCAACAAAUUCAUUCUAUGAGAAGUUUAGCACCGGUAAAAUUAGAACCUCAACAUUCAGAUCAGUCACUGUUUCUGCAUCAACAGCAGCAGCAACAACAGCAACAGCAACCGCAACAGCAACAACAGCAAUUCCUUCAGAUGUCAAGACAGACUUCUCAGGCGGCGGCUGCUACAAUUAAUCUUUUACAUCAACAAAGACUAUUGCAGCUGCAACAACAACAGCAACAGCAACAGCAACUCUUGAAAGCGAUGCCGCAGCAACGGCCUCAAUUACCACAGCAAUUUCAACAACAGAAUUUGCCUAUGAGAUCUCCUGUGAAAGCAGGGUAUGAAUCAGGGAUGUGUGCUCGCCGUCUCACACAUUACAUGUAUCAGCAACAGCACAGGCCAGAAGACAACAAUAUUGAAUUCUGGAGAAAAUUUGUAGCUGAAUAUUUUGCUCCACAUGCAAAAAAGAAGUGGUGUGUUUCUAUGUAUGGAAGUGGCCGACAAACAACUGGAGUUUUCCCUCAGGACGUAUGGCACUGUGAAAUCUGCAAUCGCAAGCCAGGCCGUGGCUUUGAGGCAACUGUUGAGGUUCUUCCCAGGCUUUUCAAAAUCAAAUAUGAAAGUGGUACCUUGGAAGAGCUUCUCUACGUCGAUAUGCCACAUGAACAUCAAAACUCAUCUGGUCAGAUUGUCUUGGACUAUGCAAAAGCGAUACAAGAAAGUGUCUUUGAGCAACUUCGUGUUGUUCGGGAUGGUCAGCUGCGGAUAGUCUUCUCUCCAGACUUAAAGAUAUGCUCUUGGGAAUUUUGUGCUCGACGUCAUGAAGAGCUUAUCCCUCGAAGAUUGUUAAUACCCCAGGUCAGUCAACUUGGUGCUGCGGCUCAAAAAUACCAGGCUGCUACUCAAAAUGCAUCAUCUAAUUUAUCUGCCCCGGAAUUGCAAAAUAAUUGUAACAUGUUUGUUGCAUCAGCUCGGCAACUUGCAAAAGCUUUGGAAGUGCCAUUGGUGAAUGAUUUAGGAUAUACAAAGAGAUAUGUGAGGUGCCUGCAGAUAUCUGAAGUGGUUAAUAGUAUGAAAGACUUGAUUGAUUACAGCCGAGAAACAGGGAAUGGGCCAAUGGGUUGUGCCCUUGGGAAAUAUUGGCAUAUCCUACAAUUAAAUGGGCUCAUCAAGAUGCAAGCACGAGGGAAAACUAUUCUCAUUCAAAUGGCUAACUUUUGUACCAGAGAAAUUGUGCACUUGGUUGAAAGUUUAAGUGGAAAAGACCUUUUGAAAGAGAGCUUGGCCAAGUUCCCUCGGAGGACUAGUGCUUCAUCUGUGUUUCAUAGUCAAGCUCAACAGUCUGAGGAACGGCUACAACAGCAGCAAACAAUGCCCCAGAACUCAAACAGUGAUCAAAUUUCUGCACAUGUUGAUGGAAUGCAGAUUGCUGCUAGCAAUGGCGUGUCUAGUGUAAAUAACUCCCUCGGUAUGACAUCUGUGUCUACUUCUGCCAGUGCUAUUGCUGGGAUUCUCCACCAGAAUUCUAUGAAUUCAAGACAACAAAGUUCUAUGAAUAAUGCAAGCAGUCCCUAUGGAGGCAAUUCUGUUCAGAUUCCAUCUCCUGGUUCCUCUAGCACAAUUCCACAGUCCCAACCUAAUCCUUCUCCUUUCCAAUCACCAACACCUUCAUCCAAUAAUCCCACGCAAACAUCUCAUUGUGCCUUAACAGCUGCCAAUCACAUUGGCUCUACAAACUCACCAGCAAAUAUUCCGUUGCAACAACAAGCUCUUUCUGGUGAAGCUGACCAUAGUGAUGCUCAAAGCUCUGUUCAGAAAAUCAUGCAUGAAAUGAUGAUGUCCAACCAACUUAAUGGCACAGGUGGUGUGGUUGGGGUUGGUUCUUUGGGGAAUGAAAUGAAAAAUGUUAAUGGGAUUUUGCCAACAGGCAACAAUGCAGUUCUCAACGGGGGAAAUGGCCUGGUGGGGAAUGGAACAGUCAAUAAUUCUGGAAUGGGGGGUGGUGGAUUUGGCACCAUGGGCAGCGGACUUGGGCAUUCUGCUAUGGUUAAUGGAAUUAGAGCUGCAAUGGGUAAUAACACGGUGAUAAAUGGACGUGUGAGUGUACCAUCGAUGGUUCGAGACCAAACCAUGAAUCUUCAACAUGAUUUGGGGAACCAACUGCUUAGUGGGCUAGGAGCAGUUAAUGGAUUUAAUAAUCUUCCGUAUGAUUGGAAACCAUCCCCGUGAAGGCUCUAUCAAUGAUACUGGUGUUUCAGUUCUUGAUUGUAGCUGCUUGUGUAGCAUGAGCGUGGGCAGAAAUUCCUACAGCCCUGUGAAGAUGGUAUUGCAUGGUGGAAUAGUUCAGGGCUAACUUCCCACUUUGUACUAAUUUCAGGAAAAAGUAAAACAUAUAGCAUAGUGUUUUAUCAAUGAAAUGUUAAAUCCUCUUCGAGUUGUU